AUGAGUGAACUUUUGAAGUUGUCAAAGUAUGGAUGGUAUUGGGGCUCUAUUUCAAAAGAAGAAGCUGAAGAGAAACUAAGUGACCAGCCAGAUGGAGCCUUUUUAUUGAGAGAUUCAUCAGCAGAUCAUUUCAUACUAAGUCUUAGUUUCAGAAGUUCUGGGAAAACACUUCACACUCGAAUAGAGUAUAGUUUGGGCCGAGGACUUUUUAGUUUCUAUCAACAGUCAGAAGAGAGCUUUGCAAGCAUUGCAGAACUGAUUGAACAUUCAAUGUCAUUUUCAAAGUCUGCUGUGUAUUGCUAUUCCCGACCAAGAUCACCAGGGCAUCCAUCAUUUCCUGUACGCUUAACCAAACCAAUAUCCCGCUUUGAACAUGUAAGGUCCCUCCAGCAUCUUUGUCGGUUUGUCAUCCGUGAAUCUAUCAGGUUAGACAACAUUCAAAAACUGCCCCUUCCCAAUAGUAUAAAAGGUUAUAUAGAAGAAGGACACUACUAAAAUGUAGGUAAUUUGUUCCUAAAAGUUGUAAAUAGCUAAUUAUUUUAAACCAUCAACAUUUACUGUACAUCUGGACAAACCCUUUGAGUGCCAGAUGUUUAAAUUA